AUCAAGCAAAAUGUGCGAAAUGCAAAUUAUGAAACAAGAAAGUUCGCAGGCAUGCCUGUUCGAAACCCUAGAUCUAUCUCGGCUCUAGCUUGCGAUACGAAGGCAAAUGCAUCUUCGCAUAGGUUUGAAGUGCUUUCCUCCCCUCCGCCAUGUGCUAAUGGAGCUAACCGCAUUCAAGUGAACUGGAAAAAAUAGACAUAAGGAAUGGGCACUCUCGACCCUUCUAGGGUUCCGAGAUCCCCGUCGUCCAAAACAAAAUUUUUAACAGGGCCUCCACCUGCGGAUAGGUCUAUUGGAUGGUCUUGGGGGCAAGGGAACCCUAAACCUUCAAAAUUUACUUCUAUUUCAGCCUCUCGAGAGGAAAAGGGUUGGCAGGUUGUGCAGGGUCAAAGGUGGCCUAGGGCAAGGAAGGAGUUGACUCCACACAACUCCCUUCAAAAUCUCGCCACUGGUGCUAACAGAAUACCAUUAGAACCCCGACCUAGGGCUUCCCGACCUUCGAGUCUCCCCCAUCUGCCAGCAACACUCAACCCUUCUGUGUGGCCACAACAUACUCUGGCCUAGGUCUGCGAUACUCAAAAGGUCAAUAAUAACAUCGCUUCCACUAAGAAAGAAUCUCUCGUUCGAAUCUCCACAUAAAAUCAAAGAUCGAAUUUGGAUCCUAUGGCAGAUAUGGAGUGUGAUACCCUAAUCAUUAGUGAUAGUUGUACCAAUGGACAAUGGGAAAAGUGCAAAAACAAGGGUCUAUUCGGAAAACGCUGUGGAUUUGGCUCCGCCACAAACAACAUCAUUCAAUGGAUUAAAGCCUCUUUCGGGAGCCAGGUGGCUAUCUUUAAAGCUCAAUACUCUCAUAUCAGUGGCCAACAAACUGAAGACUUUAAUAUUGUUCAUCUCUACACUUCAGGAAUAAGUGAGAUGCUGCAAAGGCGGUUAUUGUGUCGCAUCAUAAAGGUAGUUGAAGAUAUUCAAGAGGCGGUUAAAUAUUCAAAACAACGGAGAGAAUAAUGGGCAUAAGAAGCGGCAAAGGAAUAGCAGGGCGCGCCAGACUCAUUUAUGUUUGUCUUUAGCAAACAUCAAUCUUGUAACACCGCCAUGCUAUAUUCUUGGCUGCGGUUUAGCAGAGAUCCACAUUUCCAGUGGAUUAACUCCUUCUGUUUUUUGUCAUAAAUGUUUUCCGCCUCAUUUCAUCAGCGUGGCCUAGGUUGUAGGAAGUUGUUAUAGUUUUCUUUUAAAUAAGAGCAUGCGCCUCUUCUCAGAGGUUAGAGAUAGGAGGAUUAGAAAUAAAGUUGUAGAGUAUUUUUAGAAUUAAAAGCAUUUUCUUUCAUUCUAUGUGUUGUUUCGACCAUUGAAGAACAAUGAAUAAAAUGAUGCUUUUAUGAUUA